AUGGUUACUACACAUCCGCAUUAUUUGAGAAAAAGAUUAUCAUUAAACCCACAAGCUCUUCUUCUUCUGAUCAUCUGUUUCUUCUUCGUUCACCACUGCGACGCCUCAAGAGCCUCGUCACCAUCAAGCGUAUUCUACAGAAACCCUAAUAUUGAUCACAACAAAAAUACCAUGCGGAGAGGUCAUUUCAUGGGAUUCUUGCCAAGACACUUCCCUGUUCCAGCUUCUGGUCCUUCACGAAAACACAACGACAUUGGUAUACAAGCCUUGUUGUCUCCAUGA